UUUUCGGCUCCGGACUCGUAGGUAGAAGGGUAAUAUGUGUAGGUAGAAGGGUAACAUGUGUUUACUGUUUAGUGCUACAAAUUUUCUCGUUAGGUGGCGGAAACUGACAGAGAAACGAGUCGCCCCGAAAACAGAGAGAGACAACAACUACUUUCGCCGGCGCCGGACUUUUGAUUGAACGGAGAAUUAAACGGCCGCAAGUGAGGAAGAUGGUGAAGGCAAUCAUAGCACCGUCGAUGCUCUCAUCGGACUUCGCUAAUUUGGCAUCUGAAGCAGAGCGCAUGCUCAAUUGCGGUGCCGAUUGGCUACACAUGGACAUCAUGUGUCCGGGCCAGCUUUCGCACACCUCUACUAAUUCCACGAGAUACCUAUCACCUCCCAUUAGCAACAGUCACUUUGUCCCAAACCUUACCCUUGGUGCUCCAAUUAUCGAGAGUCUGAGAAAGCAUACACAGGCAUAUCUGGACUGCCACCUAAUGGUCACUAAUCCCCUUGAUUAUGUGGAACCACUAGGCAAAGCUGGUGCCUCAGGCUUUACUUUCCAUGUUGAGGCAUCUAGAGAUAAUUGGCAAGAGCUUGUUCAACAGAUAAAGUCAAAGGGCAUGAAACCUGGAGUUUCUUUGAAGCCUGGUACACCAAUUGAAGAAGUGUACCCGCUGCUUGAUGGUGAAAACUCUGUCGAACUGGUCCUUGUUAUGACUGUUGAGCCUGGUUUUGGUGGACAAAAGUUUAUGCCAGAGAUGAUGGAUAAGGUACGCACUCUCAGAAAAAAGUAUCCAUCACUUGAUAUAGAGGUGGAUGGUGGUUUAGGACCUUCAACCAUUGCGGCAGCAACAUCAGCUGGAGCAAACUGCAUAGUUGCAGGAAGUUCAGUGUUUGGAGCUCCAGAUCCAGCACAAGUCAUAACUUUGAUGCGAGGCAGCGUGGAGGAAGCUCAGAAAAGGAGUUGAUACUGGAAGAGGCAAGAUCUUAGAUUUCAUGUUGUAUUUUAACGACUAUUAAAAGCGAAUACCUUCUUUAUAAUGUUCGUGGAAUCAAUAUCUUGAGAUGCCUGCACUUGUUGAGUUAUCCAAGUAAUAUUUGUUGAAUAAGGUUAAACAUGUAUUUUGUCAUAUCAUCUUGAAACUUUCACA